AACGCCAGAGUGACAAAACAUUUUAGUCGGCAAAUCACCCAGCAUCAACUUUUCAUCUUUUUUGCAGAAAAUAAAUCUGUUAAAAUGGAGUGCUUGAUUGGAAUUGCGUUUAAGGACUACGUUUUGAUCGCCGCUGACAUGACCAAUGCGCACAGCAUUUUGGUCAUGAAGAAUGACGAGUCAAAGCUGUUCAAGCUCUCGUCCCAAGUUGUGAUGGCUGUGUCAGGAGAGAGUGGAGACACUACUCAGUUCGCCGAGUAUAUUGCCAAGAAUAUGCAGCUGUACAAAAUGAGGAACAGCUAUGAACUCUCCCCCCAGUCCAUUGCCACCUAUACGCGAAAAAACCUUGCAGACUCCCUUAGAUCCAGGAGCCCCUACAUGGUGAAUCUGCUCAUUGGAGGCUAUGACAAGGAUGAAGGAGCGCAGCUUUACUUCAUGGACUACCUCGCCUCCAUGGUCAAGGUUCCCUUUGCUGCCCACGGCUACGGAGGAUACUUCUCCCUCAGUAUCAUGGACAGACUGUACAGACCUGAUUUGCCCAAAGAAGAGGGAUACAAAGUGAUGGUCGAAUGCGUGAAAGAAUGUCACAGACGCCUCAUUGUCAAUCUGCCCAACUUCAAGGUCCAGAUGAUUGACGCAAAUGGUAUAACUGACUUGCCAAUCAUCUCUGCAAAACAACUCGCUAUUAACUCAUCUCCUGAAGACCAUUAAAAUUUAUAUUUAGGCUUUGGUUUGUUAAUUGUAAUUUUUCAUUAAGUAAUCGAAAAUAAACUGAAUUUGCUUUCAAAUUAAAAUUUAA